AUGAGUACAGAUAUAAUUACAGCUGUCUUGAGCCGGCUCAAAGCACAACCUUCAACUGAUCAGUUACGCUCUGCACUCUUCCAGAUCGAUACAAUAAUCUCCAAGCAAGAAGGACGGGCAAAAGAUCUCAAUCAGCUUGCUAGUUCAAACAUAAUUUUAGAAUAUACUAUUCCAGAGACAUAUUUAUUACUUGAUGAUGGCGCAAAACAAAGUAUUUUUUCUAUUCUUUCGAACAGGAUUUGCUUAUACCAGUUAAUCGUCAAAAUAAGUGCUGAUCCGAAGAAUGAAGUUUACAUUAGAGUUCUAGUAGAACUUGUGUAUUCGAGACAAUUUGUUGAUAUUUUCUCAGAAAUAAAUAAUCAAUCAUUGCAAUCAUUUAGAGAAUUGGAAAAAUUGGUGACUUUCAAAAUUCCGGAGACUUUAAAUAAAUGUUAUCUGCAGCACAAGACAAAAGAACUGGAGACAAUCACAGCGAAAUAUUAUCACAUCAUAUUCUCCAGCGUAUUGAAGGAAGUUCAUGAUCACGAUGUGACGACUCUUUCUAGAUCUGCAAGAAUUUUGGAUUCGUUAUAUUUGGCAGACCCUAAACUAAUUAAUUUUUUUUUUCAUGAUAUAAAGAUUCAUCGCAUGCUUUGUGAUGUGUACAAUCAGAUUUCUACAGAUUGGCGAUUUGUCAAAGUGUUGAUUAGCUAUAUGGCCAAUCACCUUGAUGAUAGUGAUUUGUCUAUUAGGGCAUAUUACUUUAUUCUUGAUGAUCUCUCUUUUAACCAACGUUCGACUUUGUUAGAAUACGCCAGAUCUAUAGGUCAUUUGCCAUCAUCCAAGGUUAUUUUAGCCUUAUCAUUUAAAAACUCCGAAGCAUCGGAUAAUCAACGCACUUUUUACAAAUUUUUCCUCGAAUGCACGGUCCAGUUUGGAUCUAAGAGUUAUAUUGCGGAAACACCCACUGCAACUCAGCAAUUCUUUACCCGAUUCAUAAUUUGUUUGGCUCAUUAUUGUACAAGGGAGCAACUAAAUUCUUUAUCACGUGAUAGUUCUUUUAUUUGUGCUAUUUCAAAUAGGUUGGACUCUCCCCUAAACUUAACACGGGAGUUGGGAAUGUGUUUCGCAGAUUUUAUUUACGGCAGGAUAAAAAAGGAUGGGUCUGUUUUAUUUGAUAUAGUAGAUCUUCAGAUUCGAGAAAGAGCAAUUUUUAGUGCCUGUGAACCAAUAAAUAUUCAGACCAACGGACGCAUUCAUAAUUCCCACGAAGCAAUAAGUUAUCUUCAAAAUAGAAAAAUGACCACUGAUGGCGCGAUAUGCAAAAGAGUCAUCACGCUAAACCAUCCUGAAGGGAAAAGUUCGAAUAUUCGCUCGAAAGACAACAACAUUCAUAAGGAUAACACUGUUUCCAUACCCGUUUAUUUGAAAGAGCUUUCUUCUUACAUGAACGCGGAUCAACAAACUGAUAAGUUUGCAUAUGAAAAAAUGGAUGUUGCAUUUGCCAUUGCUCCCCAAAUGAUUAGAUCUAAGGCCAACACGCCAGAAUUACGAUUUUACAGUACAUCUAUACUACAAGAUGUUAUAUCAAUGUCUAAUUCCGCCGAUAAUGAUAAUUUUAAUACGUGGAAAUUGUCCACUAUGAUUGCCUUGAAUGUCGGUGACUUUGAUAACUGCUCCAAUGCCUCUGUUAAAGCUUUCUUGAAUGGUGAUAUUUCAAUGAGUUCGAGAUUGAUGAUUUUGACCUCUUUAAGUCUUAGUUGUAGGGAGCUGAGUGGCAAGUACAACGAUAAUUUUGUGGAGGGAAAGGAUGGAAUAGAAAAAUUUACUCCACAAAAAUUACCGGAAUCGCUUCACCAACAGUUUAUGCAGUAUGAAAGCUCUGACUCACCGUUUUUUGAAACACCAGAUAAACUCCUAGCUUUAAAUUCUGAUAUGAAAGCCUUGCGUGUUGAUGGUCAAGUAGUGAGAGUGUCUUCAACCCUCGAAAAAAAGUUAAGCAAAUCAGAAACCAAAAAUUGUGUCGCCGGCGAUAAGAAAAAUACAGUUUUCAUAAACAAAAAACUUCCCCAAUUAUUUUAUUCGUUGGCAGGGGUUUGGAAAGUUAUUGACGGUUUCACCGGGAGAGGUUUUAACCUUGGAACCUUCUCAGCAAUCCUAAAUUCCGAAUAUUUUCAUAACCUUCGCCUUAUAUAUGAGUGUGCAAUUCCUUCGAGCAUUGAAUUGCCGGGAAUGACGAAAGAUCUUCUCCUUUUAGUUUCCAAUGAGUUAAAACAAAUUGCUUUUAAUAAGAAGAUAAAUCAAAAUGAGUUGUUACAUUUAUUCGAUUGUGUUCAGGAGGUUCUUGAUAUUGAUAAUUCAGUUGUACCAUUAACUGGAUUGUUCAUGAACAUACUUUACGAUAUUUAUGGAACUUUGGGGCAACUAAUCGAAAAUGAUCUAGUCGUUGACGAACAGUGUCAAGGAAAAUGUGCGAACAUUAUCAAAAAGUUACGUAAUCUUAUAUUUUAA